AUGUCUUCACCCAAUGCCCCUCCUGAAAGUGAGUAUUGGCGCAAGGAGGUCCUUGGAAUCCAGAAGUUCCUAGCCUCCAAGUCAUUGAACCUAUCACGAGCCCUGGCACCAGGCGACCUUCAAGCAAUGACAGAGCCUGUGGAAGAAGGACCAACACUCAUAAGCAAGCUCGAAGACCUGACCAAGCUACAAGAACAAUGGCUGAACGAUAUUGACAAUUUUCACAAGGCGCCGACAUCCUUCAAAAACGAACAGGUCACGAAAGCAGAGGUCGUCGCUCAGAAAGCUUCUGAGGACAAGGAUAGACUGGCCCACGAACUUCAAGGCAUGCAGAAGCAGAAGGAGGACCUGGAACGACGGAGUGCCGAUGCGAACGAGACCCUGAUCAUCGUCACCUGA